AUGAAUGAAUGGCGUAUCAUAUUUACCUUGCGCAUUCUCCAAGAAAACCAGGUUGUACAGCUCGAUCCGUCCCUACUAAAGUACCCACUCUGCCGGUUAACAGUCGUCCACCUGCCAACCGCAUCAACCGAGCCGUCGCUGCUCGGACUUCCUGACGGGGCGUGUGUCAUCUCAGCCAACAAAAACGUUGGCUUUGGACAAACGGGCACCCAAGAGGAAACCCAAGUGGGAUCAUCACCAGAAUCUUGCCCUGUUGUCCUGCUCACACCCACGCUGCAGAAUAAUCAAGUGUUGAUCGUACAGGGCGCUGAGGCCAUGGUCACUAUCAAAGGAUACGGACGCGAAGCCAGGCUUGAUUCCGUCCUGACAGCUGAUUAUGGGUUUUCAGCCGGGGAUUCGCAAUGGUCAAAAUGGCGACGACGCACCAUGCUCUUCAUGGAUGCUCUGCAGUUAGACCAGUUUAUUGUGGACAAGCGAAAAAUUGCGGAUCAUCUUCCUGGGCACGUAGAUCGCGAAUUGCUCAAGGCAUACAAUGCUUUCAGUAGCAGCCCUGGAAAGGGUGAGUGCAAGAGUAACUAUACCGAAAUAGUUACUGGGCUUUGGGGCUGUGGCGCUUUUGGCGGUAACCCUCAAACUAAAACACUAAUACAAUGGUGUGCUGCUUCGAUGGCCCAGACAAAUCUACGGCUCGUCUUGUCAGGCGAGGAUCACUUUGCCCUGGCGAGUGAGCUCAACGAGACCGUGAAGAUGACGCGCGAGGGAUUGUGGACGGUCAAAAAUGUUCUUGACACGGUUGGUGCGCUGAAGCCUUAUGACUGA